AUGACUCGUAGAAGGGUUUACGUUGUUGGAGUUGGAAUGACUAAAUUUGAAAAACCAGGGAGAAGAUCAAACUUUGAUUAUCCUGAUAUGACGGCUGAAGCAGUUGGUAAAGCAUUGAAAGAUGCCAAUUUGCAAAUAAGAGACGUGGAAGCAGCUUGUGUCGGUUAUGUUUAUGGAGAUUCUACGUGUGGACAAAGAGCGAUUUACGAAAUCGGAAUGACUGGAAUACCUAUAUUUAAUGUUAAUAAUAAUUGUUCUACAGGAUCAAGUGCAUUAAUGUUAGCCAAAUUACACGUCGAAGCUGGGAGUGACUGCGUAUUAGCUUUAGGUUUUGAAAAAAUGGAAAGAGGCUCUCUAACGUCUAAGUUCAACGACAGAACAAAUCCGAUGGAAAAACAUGUUGAAAAAAUGGCGACGCAUUUUGGUUUUGAACCGACUGCACCUGUAACGGCUCAAAUGUUCGGUUAUGCCGGAAGGGAGCACAUGCAAAAAUAUGGUACAAAACCAGAGCAUUUUGCUAAAAUCGCUGAAAAAAAUCACAGGCAUUCCGCUAAUAAUCCAAAUUCACAAUUUCAAGACAUUUACUCAUUAGAACAAAUUUUACAAUCGCCUAAAAUCUUUGAUCCAUUGACCAAACUUCAAUGUUGUCCAACGUCGGAUGGUGCGGCUGCCGCCAUAGUUUGCAGUGAAAAUUUUGUUGUCAGACACGGCCUAUUCGAACAAGCAAUUGAAAUUUUAGGAAUGGAAAUGGUGACAGAUUUUCCAUCAUCUUUUGCCGGGAGCGCUAUGAGUUUGGUGGGCUACGACAUGACGAAAGCUGCCGCCGACAGGCUCUAUGCCAAAACGGGUAUAAAACCAAGCGAUGUUCACGUUGUCGAAUUGCACGAUUGCUUUUCUGCUAACGAACUUAUAACUUAUGAAGCUUUGGGACUUUGUGGUCCCGGUGAAGCUGGAAAAUUUAUAGAUUCUAAACAAAACACUUACGGAGGCAGAUGCGUAGUCAAUCCGAGUGGGGGUUUAAUAUCUAAAGGACAUCCUCUCGGAGCUACCGGUUUAGCACAAUGCACGGAAUUAUGUUUGCAAUUGAGGGGACUUGCAGAAAAAAGACAAGUGCCCGAUGCGAGAAUAGCCCUUCAACAUAAUAUAGGAUUGGGAGGAGCGUCAAUCGUUGCUCUUUACAGAAAAGGCUUCACGACUAGAAAUUCCGGAAUCGUUAGAAAUAACGUGGCUGCAUCGGCGAGUGCUCGUCCCGAAGAUUUCAAAGCGAAUAAAUUAUUUUUAGCCUUAGAAAAAGCUAUGAAAGAGGAUAGCGAUAAUUUAAUAGAAAAAGUUAGGGGAAUAUUUGCAAUAAAAGUGAAAAAUGGUGCCGGUGGUAAAGAUGGAUACUGGGUAAUAAAUGCCAAAACUGGAAAAGGAAGCGUUGAAUUUAAUGGAAAAUCCAAACCCGACGUCACAUUUUUAAUAGACGAUAAUGAUGUGACCGAUUUAUUGACCGGAAAAUUGAAUCCGCAAAAAGCAUUUUUCCAAGGUAAGGUUAAAAUUCAAGGAAAUAUGGGAUUGGCAAUGAAACUUCAAGAACUUCAACGUCUAGCAAGUGGUCGAAUCGAAGAAAUACGAUCAAAAUUAUAA